GUUGGGAUAAAUACUGCGGUCAAAUAUCUAUGGAAAAUAUAUACACGUAUAUGCCUCUAGACAGUGAAGAAUAUUUCUCGAGACAAUGAUAUGCAAAUGCAAAUUUAUUGUUCGAAUUUUUAACUCUUAAACACUUCGUUCGUCAGAUUGAAUAAAGACCAAAACACGCGAGUCGAAAAUUGUGCUUAAUUGAUUCUCAAAACCCAAUCUUGACUGUGAUUCAAUAGGAGACAAUAUUUAACAGUUAAUAAUAUAUGAUGUUGUCCUGGCUCCGUGAUAAAGUCAAAACUCUUCAAAACAAGAAUCUUUUGCUAAUCGGUUUAACUAUUUCAUUUAUCGCUCUCGCAUUCCAAAUGAUAGGUUUUCUUUUUCCUUUCUGGAUGAGUUCAAACGAUGGUCCUUACAGCGUUACUGCUGGUCUUUGGCAGGUCUGUGGCAUGGACGGAGAAAGCGAGUGUCUUGAUAUACAAGUAGCCGGGCCAGGUCUACCAGGCUGGUUUAUGGCCGUUCAAGCUCUUACCGUCCUUGCAGUUAUCUUUUUCAUCCUUGCUGUCAUUUGUGCUGGUGCCAAACUGUUAUUGUUUAAAAACAAGAUAUUGUUCUUGUUUGUGGCUACUGGCGCAGUCUUUUUAGGAGCUGUAAGCGUUUUCUUUGCCGUAAUCGUGUUUGCUGCCAGAAGAAAUGAGCUGUUCUUUGGCAAAGCUUACACCCUGCACUUUGCAUAUGGAUUUACUAUUUUUGGAAUGUUGGCCGCAGCUACAGCAGGAUUGUUUUUUGUCUUGGAAUUAAGGAAAAUAAAGUGAAAGUUUCAAACCUUUAUUUUCUUUCAAAGCCACGGAUUUUAUUCGCAGUUGCUGCUUUUGAUACACAUUCUUCAUUUAAAUGAAAAAAAAAAAACCACCUUUAUAUACUCUGUAUAUGUAAUAAAAAUGAUACUGUUUAACAUAUUUGUACCAUGGCAAAUGAGGUUAGAGGA